AUGGAGGAAAUAGCGGCGCUAUUAAGCUCUUCUACGACAAAACAACGAUUAGCAGGAAUUACAGGGCUUUUAGCACAAUUACGUCGACAAAAGGGUGUUGUUGAGCCCUCUGCGACAUUAAUUACGCAUAUUUUGCAGUGUUUACGUGAUCACAACUCAAAAAUAACCAUGGGUGCAUUGGAAAUACUUGAGUUACUGCUCGCGCACGUGUCUGAGAACACACUACCACGGUCAUCUUGGAAGCUGCUGUGGUUGAGUCUCAUGGAGCGACUGGGAGACAACAAAUUGCCAGUACGGGAGAAAGCGGUACAUGUGAUUGUAGAGGUUUCGAUCGUGCUGGAUGUGUCACUUGUGCUCGAGAAGCUUCAACUUUGUAUGAAGCAUAAGAACUGGCGUACACGUGAGCAGAGUUUGCAUGCAAUAUGGAGAUGUUUAGAGAAACACAAGUUGUUUAAAGAAAAGCAGGACGAGCUGUUAGAUGAUGUGCUGAAAUUACUGGAAGACUCGUCGAAAGAUGUGCGCAAUGCAGCUAUGACGACGCUGGAAAAGUUUUACGUGUAUAUUGGUCCCUCACUUUUGACCGAUCUCCAGGAUAAGAGCAUACGAGCAGGACACAUGGCGACGCUCGAAGAAAGGUUUGAGCAGAUUCCACUAUAUAGUCAAAGCUCUCGCUCAUGCGCAAGUGUUGCACAAUCCCACGACAAUGCGUCAACAUCAAGUAGUGUUGCAGCUCCUGGUGUUGGCCUUCCAGAAACAUUGUCAUCAAUGCUGUCAUCUUACGAUCUGCAGGCUUCCUCGUCGUCAUCGUCAUCGGUAGCAAGGUAUUUGGAAUCCGUUCGAAAUCGAACUUUUAAUGAGGCAAAGGCUGCUGCUGUUUCUGCUGAUGGAGAGCGAUCUUCAUCGCAAGAGUUUUCUGCAAGCAAUAAGGUUGCACAAGGCUGUAGUUCUUUUGAAACAAAUAGCGACGAUAUUUCUGACAAGGAAAUCCAGAAGCAAAUUGGAAUGAUAUUUGACAAGCUUCAGCUCGACAACGAUUGGGAUAAACGCGUUGUUGGGCUGAAGUCGUUACAGGAACUGACGAACCGAUGCGCUAAAGCAUCGAAUAGAAGAACUGCGAUCUCAUCUCUAUCUCGCGGCCUGCGCCUAAUUCGUGAGAGAUUAUGCCAACAAGUUAUUGAUUUGCGGUCUUCUGUGUCCAGAGAAGCUUGUGAAACAAUCCAGACUCUUGCCAAAACUCUUCGUGACGAGUUUAAUGCUCAUGCAGAGAUUUGCCUUGGCAAUCUGCUCAAAUCAACUUACGUGACAAUCCAGGUGAUAUCGACUGCAGCAGAUGCAACGAUUCAAACCAUGAUUAAAAGUACAAGCAACGGUUAUGCACGAGUGAUUCCCAAGUUGGUGGAGUGUGCAAAAUCUCGGAACCACGUGUUGCGAUACAAUGCGGUGUGCUACUUAACUUUGGCCCUUCAACAAUGGAGCAUCAGUUUUCUCAGCAAGCACUCGGACAUAUUUGUACCGAUUAUGCCAGUCAUUUUGCGAGACGCGCUGGGCGAUGUGCGUGCGCAAUCAAGGAAAUGCUACUGGUCUUUUCAUCAUCUGUUUCCGAACGAAGCUGAAAGCAUCUUUGCUCGUCUAGAUGGGUCGACACAAAAGAAAAUAAAAGACGAUACCUCAAGGUAUACAGCAAAAGCGGCGCGGCAGACGGAUUACAGUUCGUUAGACACUGCUGUGUCGCAAAACAAUGAAGUUGAGCUUGCAAGGUUUCGAUCUACCAACGCAUCUCAGCCACCAGUUAGCACCUCUGCUCCAGCAAAUUUGAUGACCUUCAGUGAUAACCAACCGCGCGGUCUCACCUCAGAAGAAGCGGCUACUGAGAAACUACCUAGGCGGGUCCUAGGAGGAAGCUCAAGUGAGAAUGGAUUGGAUGGUGCAGAGGAUAGCACGCAAACUUCACGAAUGCUUGCACAGCGUCCAAUGCGUGUCGGACUUGCAGCACGACCAAAACCAUUGGUUUCCCAGGAUGUUUUGGGUGUAAAUGAAACGAAGAAGAGCGCUGCUAUGGGUCCAGUUCGAGUGCGGAAUGCGCCAAAUUUGUUGCCGAUAAGGCACGCGACGGAUGAGAGCAUAGAUACAUCGCGACAAGAGUUUUCGACUACUGGACAAUAUACUAAUUCGAAGCCGGUUUCUAAAGUGCAACGAGUUCAGCGUGCAGUCGAAGCUCAUGCUCCAGCAUCGAUGGAAAUUGAUGAGAGUGAAGUUGCUGGUCCAAAACGAUUGCCAAUUGCGUCAAUGCCGUCACUGACUGCAUCAAAUGCGUUAAGCUCUAAGACCAAUAUCGUAUCGAGGGGCGAUUCCGGCGACAACAAGCAAAUGCGAGUAGCACCCGUUAAAAUGUCAGAAACAUCGAACAUUGCGCUGUUGCCAGACACAGAUCAGCUUGAGGAAGCUCUCCGGAAUUUUGAAAGCAGAUCGUGGUCUACUAGAUUGGAAGCCGCUGAGUACAUUGGAAAGUUGAUCCAGAAACGUGAUGACCAGAUUGCUAACGUGACAAGCGGAGAUCGCAAGGUCGACGGUCGAAUCAUGGUAGCGUUUAUCAAGCAUUUAGGUGAUGCUCAUUAUCGUGUCGCACAGGGCGUGCUGAAGAAUUUUUUGCCUCUCCUAAAGCUUCUCAACAGCACUCAGCUACUCCUUCCACAUUUGAAGACUAUUCUGCCAAAGCUGUUUCAAAAGUUUGUUGACACCAAAGAAUCUAUUCGGAUGGUUGCUAAAGAGAAUUUGGAACACAUUGCAUCCACAGUUGAUAGCUCAAGUCUGACUGCAGUGGUAAUAUCGAUGUUGGGAGAUGGAAGCAACAUGAAGGUUAAAGCCGCAAUGUGUCACUACUUGCGCGAGUUGUUGCCCAAAGCUGAAGGUUAUAUGAAGAACGGUGCCAACAACAGUCACAUGAGGUCAUUUUUGCUCAAAAUUGCUCUACUUGUGGAUGCUGACGUCCCAGUUUCUGUUUCAUCAGCGUGUGGUGAACUCGUCUCAGUUAGUGCACAGCAUUAUAGUCUCGAGAUGGAGGCAGCACUAGGAUUGCUUCCUCCAUCGAAGCGAUUGGUUGUUGCCAAGAUACUCAAGUCCAAAAAAAUUGUUCUUGGCAACAUUGUCUUCCAUAAACCACCACUAUCGUCAGCUCCGCAGUCAACUCAAUCUCAGGACGUGGAUAGUGAUACCCAAAACACGGAACACGCAGCGUCCAAACCAGAGAGAAGCCGGAAGCGACCAAAGUCACCAAACAUGGGUUCUUUCGGCUCUGCUCGACAGAACAGCCAAAAACGGAUUAAUACAACGUCUAAAUCAGGCACGGAGGACCAGAACAUUGACGUCCAGACAACCGACCCGGCAGGAAGUCAACAAACUAGAGAGGAAGUUGUCAAAGCUGCAUCGUCUCAAAGAUCAUUGCUCUCCUGUGCGUUGCCUUCACCGAGUGCAGCUUUUGUGGACAAGAAUCGGAACCAAGUAGUCGAAGACAUGCUUGAUAUUCUCGAGCAAACGAAUACAUCGGAGAUGGAAGUGAAGCACGCACUUUAUAAGACGUUGCAUGGUAUCAAGAUCACAUCAUCCGAGACUUGGGAUCGCUGUUUCCAGCGGCUACUUUUACUGUUAUUAGAUGGUGCGAUCGAGAAAAAUAUAAACGCAUUGAAAGUGCUCCAAACACUUGUUCUCGCGCAGCCGUGUCGGGCCCAAGUGUUUUCCAAGCUGCUUCUUGAACGUUUAAUUGAUGCACUAGGUGAUCAAAGUGAUGUGGCAAGUCAUUUGAUAGAACGUAUUUUACAUGAUGUCGUAAGCAAAGCCAAGGACUAUGAGCAGAUACUCUCCAUAUUGAUUACGCUCCUCUCAAGCAAAUCUCCACCAGUGCUUCAAGUAAUCCUACGUCUCGUCACAUUGUGUUUACAACAAUGCGAACAAUGUGACACUCGAGAUGUGACAUUUUUGCGUCAACAUGAGAUGGUCGACGACUCUUUAUUGAGCGUGUUGACAACAUGUCUCAGCCACUCGAGCUCUAAUGUUCGGAAACAUGCAGUGGAUUGUCUCGUUGCAUUAUAUUUCGCACUGCUGGAUGAUCGCGUAAUCGUGACGAAAUAUCUGACGGUAAAAGUUGACGAUACGUUGCAACGACUGGUGGAGAUUUUCAUUGAUCGUGCCAAGAUAGAACGUCAUCAUGUUGGACUUUCACCUUAUAAAACCAAAAAGACGUUUUCCGUCAGUCGAGGUGCUGAGACAGCAGCUAAAGGUAUUCGAGCUGUUGAAGAGAUUUGUAGCGAUAUUUUUCAAGGAACUUUUCAACCAGUUUUUUGUGAAACGGCACAAGAAGAUUCAAUGGCCAUCAAGACGACAGAGGAAAUUGCUGCUCUAGUGGUUAAAUGGACUGAAAAGAAAUAG